CUGCGCCGGCCCCGCGCUCGCCCCUCCUUCCCCGGGCCCGCCCACGGGCCGCACCCCCGCGGCGCGCACUUCCGCGUGCAUGGCCCUGCCGGCCCGGACUCUGAGCGCGAGCGAGGGACUCAGCUGGAGGCAGGCGACGCGCACCUUCGCCGGCUACGCGCCUCCUUGGGCCCGGGCUGCCUGCGCCCUCUCCCGCGCCAUGGCGUUUAGGCAGGAGCCGCAGUCUUCGUGCCCGCCGCCCGCCGCCGGCGUCGCGGCCUGCUACGACUACCUGGUGAUCGGGGGCGGCUCGGGCGGGUUGGCCAGCGCGCGCCGGGCGGCCGAGCUGGGCGCCCGGGCCGCCGUGGUGGAGAGCCACAAGCUGGGCGGCACUUGCGUGAAUGUUGGAUGUGUACCCAAAAAGGUAAUGUGGAACACAGCUUUCCACUCUGAAUUCAUGCAUGACCGCGUUGAUUAUGGCUUUCAAAGCUGUGAGGGUAAAUUCAGCUGGCGGGUUAUAAAGGAAAAGCGGGAUGCCUACGUGAGCCGCCUAAACACCAUCUAUCAGAAUAAUCUAAUCAAGUCGCACAUAGAAAUCAUCCGCGGCCAUGCAGUGUUCACGUGUGAUGCCCAGCCCACAGUGGAGGUCAACGGGGAAAAGUACACUGCCCCUCACAUCCUGAUUGCCACAGGUGGCGUGCCCUCACUUCCUCAGGAGAGCCAGAUCCCUGGUGCCAGCCUAGGAAUAACCAGUGAUGGGUUUUUUCAGCUGGAAGAGUUGCCUAGCCGCAGUGUCAUCGUUGGUGCUGGUUACAUUGCUGUGGAAAUAGCUGGGAUCCUUUCUGCCCUGGGUUCUAAGACAUCACUAAUGAUACGGCAUGAUAAGGUGCUCAGAAGUUUUGAUUCAAUAAUCAGUUCCAACUGCACUGAGGAGCUGGAGAACGCUGGCAUAGAGGUGCUGAAGUACUCGCAGGUCAAGGAAGUUAAAAAAACUUCAUCAGGCCUGGAACUCUGCAUGGUUACUUCAAUUCCUGGUAGGAAACCCACCUUGACCACCAUUCCAGAUGUUGACUGUCUACUCUGGGCCAUUGGGCGGGACCCAAACUCCAGGGGCCUGAAUUUAAACAAACUGGGGAUUCAAACUGAUGACAAAGGUCAUAUCCUAGUAGAUGAAUUCCAGAAUACGAAUGUAAAAGGUGUCUACGCAGUUGGGGAUGUGUGUGGAAAAGCUCUUCUUACUCCAGUUGCGAUUGCUGCUGGCCGAAAACUUGCCCAUAGACUUUUUGAAUGCAAAGAAGAUUCCAAGUUAGACUAUGACAACGUCCCUACGGUGGUCUUCAGCCACCCCCCUAUUGGGACAGUGGGACUCACAGAAGAUGAGGCCAUUUAUAAAUAUGGAAAAGAAAACGUGAAGAUUUAUUCCACCAGCUUUACCCCAAUGUAUCAUGCAGUUACCAAAAGGAAAACAAAAUGUGUGAUGAAAAUGGUUUGUGCCAACAAAGAGGAAAAGGUGGUUGGGAUCCACAUGCAGGGAAUUGGAUGUGAUGAAAUGCUGCAGGGUUUUGCGGUCGCAGUAAAAAUGGGAGCAACAAAAUCUGACUUUGAUAACACUGUUGCCAUUCAUCCUACCUCUUCAGAAGAACUGGUCACACUUCGUUGAGAAUGCAGCGACUCGUAUGGCCAGCAGCUGGACCACUAGACCUUCAGAAAGGAGCCAAAUCAUCACGUUUACUUACCAUUCCCAUUAUAUGUAUUUCUUUAUUGUAAUCAGGAUCUUCCAGUAGUGGAAAUUUUCAGUAAACUUAUUUAUGUAAUUAGAAAUCUGUUUUAUUAUCCAGGAUUGAUUUUCAUUUGAUUACAUCUCAAUAAUUACUAUUUGUUUUAUUAAUAGCUCUGUGCUAGCUGUUUUUGUUUUGUUUUUGUUUUAGCCUCAUCCUAAGUAUAAAACCAUAUGAAGUACAGUGAAAUUAAUGUACUUGAAUGAAUAUCACUUGCUAAUUUUUAUAGAUGAAGAUGACAGCUGCUCUUCACAUUUAAAUAAUGCAAGUAAAGAGCCUUUUUUUUUUUUUUUUGAAGCCAGUACUGCGCUCUGCAUAUUACAAAGCUGCUCCAAGGAUGUGCGUUUUCUCUAAAAGCAUGUAACUUGAGAGGCCUGCCUCCUGUAUUUUGUUCUUUCUUUUGUUCUCAAUGAUUAAAAGUGGUUUGUGUUACUUUUAUGAGAUGAAGUUCAUCAAAUUUGGGAAGGAUUUGAGGAGGCUGGUCGCACAAGUGAGAUGAGGGACAUUUUGGAAGUGAUCCGUGUUUUCAGAUGUACUUCAAAAGCCUUUUCCUCGGCUAAGAGUUCAUAGUUCGGUGAAUGAUUUCAGUUUUUGUAUGGAUUCUUGUCAUUUUAUUUUUUGAAAACUAUUUCCAAAAAUCUGAAAAUAAAAUCAUAGUCUUUUCUUCUUA